UAACCCCGCCCCGUGACGUCGGACGUGACGUAAGCAAGGUCCCUUCAGCCGAGGGAAUCUAGCCGCGACCAUUUCCCCCACUACGUUAUUCGCAUUUGGCAUAGUAUAAACUUGCUGCCCGUAAAGGCAUAAUAUAUUUGACGUUUCCUUUCCGGUGUACCAGAGCAUAAAGCUUAACAGGUCCUUGCAUUACUUAAGUUUGGAAGUACCACAGUGGCAACAAAAUCAACAGUGGAAUCGAAUGUGGGCGACGCUAUCUCUAUAUAUGCCACUGUAGCGGGGGCUGUUGUACGGAGGACAGCGGCAUCUUCUCAUUUUUGCAGUAUUACUGUAUCCUGAGCAGAUAUGGCAGAAUCGACAGGGACACCAACCUGCAGCACCACAGUGACCGAGACUCCGGGAAGCGAAACGGAGGGCCGCAGCCUCACAAUUCGCCUUCGUAAGCGCAGAAAUGAGAAGAAGGUUGAGUGGUCAAGUGACACAGUAGACAAUGAGCACCUUGGGAGACGCUCAUCAAAAUGCUGUUGCAUUUAUGAGAAGCCUCGUGCAUUUGGUGAAAGCUCUACAGAGAGUGAAAGUGAUGAUGAAGGCUGUGGCAGUGCCCAUUGCAUUCGUGGCCACAGAAGUCCACAGCAGCAUGCUAAGGGUGGAGACACAGGUUCCUCAAAUCAGCCAGAGCAUGGAUCAAUGCAGCAGUGAAGAGCAAGUGACUUGAGGCUGUGGGAGGAUAUGAAAAGGAUGCCCUCCAUAUGGAAAGAAGUGGUUGCGGUGUGAGGGGGCAAUUGGUAGGGUAAAGAGGGGGAAAAAACACCAGUGUCAUUUGUGUUUAAUUUUCACUUGGCUUUAUGUCCCCAUCCCCUUCACAAAAAGAAAGAAAUGGAAAUAGUAUUGACAUUUACAUUGGGAGUAUUUUAAGUCUUAUUUUGAUUUGUUACAUGGGGUACAGAAAACCUGUCUUUGUGCUUCUUUGCCACUAUAUGCUUACAGUUCUUCCAGGUUAUUCAGCUUUUUUUUUUUUUUUUUUUUUUUUUUUUUUUUUUUUUUUACAGUACCCAGCAAAGGGAUGUCAUGCUUUUCUGAAUUUGCAUUUGCUGCUAUUCCUGCCUGUUAGAUGUACUUAUAUCUUCUCUAAUUUUAUCUUAUUUUCUGGAUGUACAUCAAAUUUCUCCAAUCAACAUUAUCACCCUUAUAUUGACUGUGUUUGUAUGUUUCACUUGAGUUCAUUUGAAGAGUUUCAGCAUUCGCCAGCACUUGGCAGAUGCUGUGAUUGAAAUGCAUGCUCUGCAUUUUCUGUUUACAACAGCAGUUCUUUUUCAAGAAUAUAUGAACACCAUCUCUUUU